UUUGAAAAACUUCCGGCGGGAACCGGAAGAUGCGGUCACACACAGAAUCCCGGGCCUUCUGACUCGCCGGGCGGGAAGAUGUCAUCAUUGCCAAGAAGAGCAAAAGUCAAGGUCCAGACUGUGGUAUCCAAAGAUGAAUUCUCUUCCUUCUCAGAGUUAUCAUCUGCCUCUGAAGAAGAUGACAAGGAAGAUAGUGCCUGGGAGCCCCAAAAGAAAGUCCCCAGAAGUCGUAAGCAGCCUAUUCCCAAGGAAUGCAAACCAAAGAGGGUGCGACGGGUAAAGAAGACCACCCUACAGAUCAGUGAUGGCUCGGAAGGUGUGGCUGUUAAGGAGGAGCUGAAUAACUCUGUGGCUAUUGCUGAUGUUGAUUUGGAAGACAGAAAAAAUAAGUUGGAUACUGUGCAGACUCUGAAAACAGCAAAGACAAAACGGAAAAAUUCAGCUCAGUCACCUUCAGGUCAGAGGACCAAAAAGCUAAAAGUUGAUGAAGAAGGCAACAGGGCCAGCACCAUGGAGAGUGGGCACGAGGCUGCAGAGAUGCCAUCCACAAGCACCAUGUGGGAAGGUGCGUGCAAGAAGGAAGAGAAUGGAGAUGACUUUACAUUUGGUCAGUCCCCUUUAAAGAAAAUGAAGACGGAAACAUGUCCCCAAGGGCAGCCUGUGAGGCUUCCAGCAAAUGCCACCAAUAUUAAGGAGGAGGUGGAAAUGAACUGGGACAUAGUACAGGUUUUAUCUGAGAGAACUAAUAUUGAACUUUGGGUUUGUGCCAACAUUAUUCGUCUCUUUAAUGACGAUAACACAAUUCCCUUCAUUAUACGGUAUCGAAAAGAACUCAUUAAUAACCUUGAUGCUGAUUCCUUGAGAGAAGUUCGACAAACCCUAGAGGAGCUCCGGGCUGUUGCAAAGAAGGUUCAUAGUACAAUCCAAAAAAUUAAGAAGGAGGGGAAGAUGUCUGAGUGCUUGUUAAAAGCCUUACUGAACUGUAAAACUUUUGAAGAACUAGAACAUGUGUCAGCUCCAUAUAAAACUGGGAGCAAAGGCACUAAAGCCCAGAGAGCAAAGCAGUUGGGAUUAGAAGGAGCAGCCAGGACACUGCUUGAGAAUCCAGGGCAGCUCAAUCUGCUAUCUUUCAUUAAACCCAGUGUAAAAGGACUUUCAGCACUCCAGGAUAUUGAAACGGGAGUGCAGCAUAUUUUAGCAGACAUGAUUGCUAAAGACAAAGACACGCUUGACUUCAUUCGGAAAUUGUGCCAAAAUAGGUAUAUUUGCAUACAGUCAUCUCUGGCGAAGGUGUCCUCAAAAAAAGUAAAUGAGAAAGACGUUGAUAAGUUUCUGCUCUACCAGAAUUUUUCAUGCAACAUAAGAAACAUCCAACAUCAUCAGAUCCUGGCAAUUAACCGUGGGGAAAAUUUGAAGAUACUGACUGUUAAGGUCAACAUUUCUGAUGGCGUGAAGAAUGAAUUCUGUAGGUGGUGCAUCCAAAACAGGUGGAGACCACGUGGCUUUGCAAGGCCGGAGUUAAUGAAGAUCUUACACAGUUCACUGGAUGAUUCUUUUAAACGCCUUAUUUAUCCUCUCCUCUGUAGAGAGUUCAGGGCCAAACUAACAUCAGAUGCAGAGAAGGAAUCAGUAAUGAUGUUUGGACGGAACCUUCGUCAGCUCCUUUUAACAAGUCCUGUUCCAGGGCGCACCCUGAUGGGGGUGGAUCCUGGUUACAAACAUGGUUGCAAAUUGGCUAUAAUUUCUCCUACCAGUCAGAUACUUCAUACUGAUGUGGUUUACUUGCAUUGUGGACAAGGCUUCCGAGAGGCAGAGAAAAUAAAGAGGCUUUUGCUGAAUUUCAACUGCAGCACGGUGGUGAUUGGAAAUGGAACUGCCUGCCGGGAAACAGAAGCUUACUUUGCUGACCUGAUAAUGAAAAAUUACUUUGCACCACUGGAUGUUGUUUACUGUAUCGUCAGUGAAGCAGGGGCAUCAAUCUACAGUGUCAGCCCUGAAGCUAACAAAGAGAUGCCGGGGCUGGACCCUAAUUUGAGAAGUGCAGUUUCCAUAGCAAGGCGUGUACAAGACCCAUUAGCUGAGCUGGUGAAAAUUGAGCCGAAGCACAUUGGAGUCGGAAUGUACCAGCAUGACGUAUCUCAGACUUUGCUCAAGGCAACACUGGACAGUGUUGUAGAAGAAUGUGUCAGCUUUGUGGGAGUGGAUAUUAACAUCUGUUCUGAAGUUUUGUUGAGGCAUAUUGCAGGACUCAAUGCCAACCGAGCCAAAAAUAUUAUUGAAUGGCGAGAGAAAAAUGGACCCUUUGUCAACCGAGAACAGCUAAAAAAAGUGAAAGGGCUGGGUCCAAAAUCUUUCCAACAGUGUGCUGGCUUCAUCAGAAUCAACCAGGAUUAUAUUAGAACAUUUUGCAGUAGUCAGCAAACCGAAUCUGCGGGCCAAAUUCAGGGAGUUGCUGUGACAUCUUCAGCAGGUGUUGAGGUCACAACUGAGAAGCAAGGCAAGAAGAAGAGCAAAACUGCAGUAAAUGUUGUACUGAAGCCAAAUCCUUUGGACCAAACUUGUAUUCACCCGGAAUCGUAUGACAUAGCGAUGAGGUUUUUGUCAUUCAUCAGAGGGACGCUGUAUGAGAUUGGAAAGCCUGAAAUGGAGCAAAAAAUAAAUUCGUUCCUUGAAAAGGAGGGCAUAGAGAAAAUUGCAGAAAGUUUGCAAACAACAGUUCACACCUUACAGGUCAUCAUAGAUGGUCUCAGCCAGCCUGAGAGCUUUGACUUUCGAACAGAUUUUGAUAAACCUGAUUUCAAGAGAAGCAUAGUCUGCUUGGAAGACCUGCAGGUUGGGACAGUUCUCACAGGCAAAGUCGAGAAUGCCACUCUGUUUGGAAUUUUUGUAGAUAUAGGAGUGGGGAGAUCAGGGCUGAUUCCCAUACGAAAUGUGACAGAAGCAAAACUUUCUAAAACAAAGAAGAGAAGGAGUCUUGGACUGGGCCCUGGAGAAAGAGUGGAAGUCCAAGUACUCAACAUUGACAUCCCCCGAUCUAGGAUUACUCUGGACCUCAUUCGGGUGUUCCAGGCGCACAGUAACUGGGGAGGUUCUCCCCAAGAGAGCAACUCGCCUUUGGAUGUCUUUCUCCAGUCCCAGCCAUGGUUCUUUGAUCACUUGAUGACAUUUGCCCACCUGCUUCCCAGGUUUGAAUCUCUUGGCCAUGAAGAAGAGAGUGGCACCAGUGAAAGUCGGACCUAAGAAAGGAGAGUGAAAACAGCAUAGAACAGAUGGGACAAACAGAAACACAGGAGUAAGAAAGCAAAGCUGACCAAUCCAUAGCUGGCCUCUUAGAACAAGAUGUUAAUUGGCAAUGCUAUAUAAAAUUCAGAUGUAGGAAAAAGGGUAAAAAUCAAAGAAUCUACACCUUCCAUUUGGAAUUCCGGCAGCAGUUUCACCAGUUGAUUACAUAAUGUCCCCUCAAAAUUUGCAUCUACUUGGAAUAUCAGAAUGUGACCUGACUUGGAAAUAAGGUCUCUAAAGAUACAAGUGGCUACAAAUGAAAUCAUCCUGGACUUAGGGCACCCUCAAUCCAAUAAUUGGUGUCCUUAUAAGACUGUAUUACAACCCUGUAAUAUACAGAGAACUGGUAGUCAUGCAGAUGGUUCUUGUCCGUGUGAAUGGAGAAAGGAAGAAGAGACCCAGUGAGGCAAGAGUGAGGAGAAGCAAGCUGCCAUGUUGUGGAGAGGCUUGUGUGUCAAGAAACUGCAGUUUCCAGCUGAUAGCGAGAAACUGAGGACUGCCAACAGCCACAUGAGUGAUCUCAGAAGCAUCCUCUAGACAAGCCUUGAGAUGAUGGCAAGCUGUGGCUGACAGUUUGACUGCCACUUUAUGAGAGAGACUGAUUCAGAUGGAUUCCAGCCAUGCUGCUCCUGGAUGCCUGACCCACAGAAACUGCAAUAACAAAUUGUGAUGGUCAUCGGUGGGCAGGAAAGAUGUUUUCUUCAGUGACCUUGAAAUGCUGGUGGCGUGGACUGGAUGGUUGUGACCUAGCUCCUUCCUCACCUGCCAACCCUCUCUCAAGAUUGAUCCUGGGAGGCAGGAGUUGGACUCCAGCAGAGGGGAGGUGCAACGAUGUCCAGGUGGGUCUGUGCGGGGAUGCCUGGAGGAGUCUUCUCUAGGACAGGACAUGGCUCACCUGGGCAGUCCAGGCUGCUGCAAGAACAAACACCCAGUGAUGGGGCAGAGGGAGGAAAGAAAGGAUCCUGCCCCUAAUCCAGCAGCUGAAAGUGAGAAGCUGAUAAUAGCAAGGAGGCCUGAAAUGCACCCCAUGGUAAUCAAGCCAUCUGGCACAAGCCCGCUGGGAAAGGAGGCCACAUCCGGCCUGCCAGGCCUCACUGUGCAAAGGUGGGGUGCAGCGGUCAGUGUCAGCAGCACGAUGCCAGCCACCCUCUGGAGCUGGAGGCUGGGGGUGGGGGGAGUUCUCAUCUCAAGGCCAUGGGGCUGAGGCCAGUUCUCACCUGCCAGAGGUAGGGAAGGAGCGAACAGUCAAGGCCAUCUGUUCCUGGCCCCAGGUCUGUACCAGGCUCGACUUUCACUGCGAGGAAGCCUUUGGAAACUGCAUCCUGGACCUUUUAUUAGCUCGGAUGGUGGUUUUUAAGAGCUUUAUGGAUGCCUGAACACUAAUAGUGAGCCUUUACCCUGCCCUCACUAAGUACCAGGCACUGUUCUGAGAGCUUUUGUCUAAAUCACCUCACUGAGCGCUCAUAAGAACUCUACAAGAUAGGAGUUAUCCCCAUUUUAUAGAGUGGGAGGGGAGGCCUGGAAAGGGGGCAGAGCUAGGAAUCGAUGCCAUAACUCUGCUCCUAAGCCCUGCCCUUCGCUGCUGGGCCACACUGCCCUAUUGUCCCAGAGCACAGGCUGGAGUGCAGAUUCAGUCUUACUUGUCCACUGGGAAACCAAACGUCCUAGAGAUGAGGCCUGUGGGUGAUUAGCCAGGACAGGUGAUAGCAUGCCAUCAGAAUUGACCAGCCCCUAACUUAGAGCAGGCAGGGGGCUCGUCCAACCCCACCCCCUCCUAAGGUUAGUGCACCCAGAUCUGGAGAGCUUUCCUGGGGUCACGCAGCGAGAAAAUGAUGACACAAGAGUCCAAAGUUUUCUGACAGUCCCUUCAAUUGCUGUGCAUUGUCUUUCUUUCUCUAGGAAAGUAAGACUAUGCCCCUGCCCUGGCACCCCAGUCCCAUCCACCUAAGCCCCCACAGUGGACAGCAGGAGUAUUGUUGGUGUCAGGUGGCAGUUAUCUGCUGGAGGUUUCCUGAGGGUCAGGGAGCCAUGUUGACCUGAUCACUAGUUCCUGCCCGCCUAGGGAGCCCCCUCCAUCUGGUAGAGAGGAUUGAGAACUGGAGAUGCUUCAUCCCAUGCCUCCUGGCUCUCCUCCCUCUUAGCUGAAGGCUGGUUGGUGUCUCUGGAGGCUGUUUGACCUGUGGGCCUUGCCCAGAGCUCAGUUUGGGUUGCAUUGGGAUCGAGCCCCCAGCCAGGUCCCAGAGAGGAAUCUCAGGCCUGGAACCGAGAUUGCGGGUUGGACAGGGCUUCACCAGGUAAUCAUUGCUGGUAAUGGCAAAGGCUUUGAAUGAAGUGUCCAAACUGGUUUAACACCCUUUUGGUAUUUCUCUUAUUUUAUGGAUUUAUAUCAUUCACCUACUAAGGACCUCCCUUACCUAAUCUCUAUUCCCUGAGGAAUGAAAGAGUAGAUAAAGUUUUUUGUUUGUUUUGUUUGUUUGAGGGCUGUACUCCUGUCUCCUGGGAUGGCCUCAGCUGGUCCAGCUGAGGGGGAUCUAGCUGAGGGGGAGUCCAGCCCCAGGAGGGCCAGCUCUAGGGCUGCUUGGAUCAAGGCCCAAAGUACCUUCAAUGUUCCUCCUAAAUCUGUGGUUCCAAGAAUAUUAUUUAGCACCUACUGGCAUUCCACCAACAGAAGAUAUAAGAGAAGAAACGUCCUUCGAUUCCUAAUCAAACAACAUCGAUGAAACAAUUAGUAUAUAGAAGGUGCUAGGCAAGAAGCAUUCUAGUUUCCUGUUGUGGAGGAGUUUACAGUCUGAAAGAAAGGUAAGACACACGCACACGAUGGGAAGUUCAGGAUCAGAAAGAGAGACGUAACAGUGCAGAACAAGGGAGCAGUACCGCUUCAUUGCCAAACGAAGGACCCAAGAACAGUUUUCAUAUGAAAGUGUUUCACAGAGUAUCUGAUGUAGCAGGACUUAUUCAUAACCAAAGGAUGCCAGCAAAAGACAUGGCCAACAUGAAUGGCAGUAUGAAGAAUCAGGUCAGGAGUUCAGAGGAGAGAAUUGGCUAGAAUUGUUGGGGCUGGGUUUUGGAAGACAUGAGCAUGUGGUGGGCAUUUGCUGGGCUUUGGGUUUCCUGUGUGUAUUCUCCCUUAUUCUGGAGACUAUCCUCAUCUCUUUCUGGGAAGAACCCCCUUCCCCUUCAUCAAUCUAGGAAGUGUCAGUUGGGUUGCAGGUGAGAGCAUCACACUCCUCCCCCAUCACCCAACCCUAACAUUGGUCCAGGGAAUGGACCCAAUGACAGCCAAGGAACACGUGCAACAUGUGCUGGGGCUGUUAGGAGCGAGGAACGUUCUCUCUCUCACUGGGCUUGAACCUGCAGUUCACUUUGCAAUGCAAAUCUCUUGCCACCAGAAGUAUAGAGUCUGUCUGCGGGUGGCACCAACAUAGAGGAAGCAAGACCAAGAGGUGAACAUCAGGUGCUUGUGACUUCUUGCAAGACCCUGGUUCAAGCCGUGCCUGAAGACGGACCUACCCUCUGGACUUUUCAACUGUAUGCUCCUGAAGCCUCCUACAGACAGAAUGAAGCUGAACUUGGAUGCAUCCUCUGGGUGAGGCAGCAUAAAAUCGGUCCGGAUGAAAUCCCUCCUUGUUGAUGAAGAUAUCUGCCGCAUCCGUGCAGGCAUCAGGAAGAUGUGGUCUGCCCUCUCAAGGAUGAAGGGGUCUACUAGAGAUACAAACAAAUGCUACAUGACUGCAGAGGUGGAAACAGUGAACUGUGCCCAGAGGAACAAGAGAAAGCUUCAUGGAGGAGACCAGCCUUAAAAGACUCUGUGAGCCACGAAGAGCCAUAAAGGAGCAGGCUGAGGACGGAAGACAGCGAAGCUUUCUUAUGCCACGUGAUCCAGGCCAAUGGCUCAAACGUUUUACAUCAUUACUCCUAUGUGCCUGCCUCUGGGACACAUUCUGCUGAUUUACUAGCUUCCUGGAAGAAAAGGUACCAUUUACCUGAAGGUAACCUCGCUGAAAAAGAGCUUCGAGUCUACAAAACUCUGUGGUUCUUGACCUCUUGCUGCGGCAGCAAAACAAAACAAAAACAAAGAAGCGAAACCAGUUUCCUGGAAA